CUGAGAGGACGUAUUGAAAUUCAUUCGCGACUGGAACAUCAUAACGUUCAUCCCUAUUUGAAAUUUAUUUAAAAUAGAGAAUACAACCAAAUUAAGGAACCAGCUUCAAAUUUUUCUUUUAAUUCCAGUAAACACUUUUGUUAGUUUCAAAUUAAUAAUAAACAUGAUUUUCUUCGCCAUGUCCUGUGUUUUUUUCCUUUUUGUAAAAUUUUCUACUGGCCAGGAGGCAAAUGAAAUCCCAAACGAUAUUAGGCCAUACGAAUUUGCUUUCAACGUCGUUGAUUUUCAACACAGAUUCGAGAAGAAAGAUAAGGAUGGGAUUGUUACUGGAGAAUAUGGAUUUAUAACUGCUGAUGGAGUUUAUCACGAAACUAGUUAUGCGACUGAUAAAGAUGGGGAUUUUAUAAUAACAAAAAUGAGGAAUCGAAAACUUAAAUCUCAAGAAGACAUGGAGGAGUUUUUCAAGGACAAGCCGGAAGUUGCAAAAAAAAUUAUGGCUGCAAUGCAACGAUCUUGCAGUGACUGUAAUAGUUUAAUUAAUAUAGACAAAGUUGAAGAUGGACUUAUUCUUAAUGGAACAGUAGAGGAAAAUACGUCAGAUAAAGUUUUCAAUGGAACGAAUAAAGUCCCGCAAAAUGAAGAAAACCCUGACGUCUUGCCGAAUAUAAAUGACAUAAAGGAUGUUAGAAAGGGGAAAACAAUCAGCAACGAGGAUUCGUAUUUGGAUAAUGAUGUUAAUGCUCAAGAUGAAAAAGAAAAAGAAGGAAAAGAAGAAAAAGAGGAAAAAGAAGAAACAUUGGGAUUUCCUUUACCUAAGGAAAAUGCAACUAUUUCAAACCUUAUAGAAAAUAUGGUAAAAGACCUUAGUUAUCGUUUUAAUUAUUCUGUAAGUUCUCAUAGCCAAAAUGAGGAUGGUUAUCGAAAUGGUAGGAAGGAUGGAAAAUAUAAUUACUUGGGUGACGAUGGUGUGGAUGUAAAAGUUGAGUAUGUGUCAAACGAAUUUGGUCAUCAACCAAACAUAACUAUUGUACCUGGACCUGUCUUAAAUCCCGAUGAAGAAACUCGACAAGGCUAUUCACUCGUGUGGUAUAGAAAAUGAUGAAUUAGAAUUAUAAGUAGAUUUUUUUUAGUGAGAUUUAUCAAAAUAAUAUAUGAAUAGAAAUAGUAAUACAUUUUUUAAUGAUAGUACAUUUUUAUUGUGAAUUGCUCUUUUGCGGUUAUCUUUAGCAGACAAAAAUGCAAACUGUUUCUAGACUAAUUACCAUCGGUCGGUAAAACAGACUUAUUUCUGUUGAAAGAUUAUUAAUAUAAAUAACAUUUUGCUCGCAGUUGGUAAAGUAUGAACCGAUAAUUAGUUUGUCAUAAGACAAAUCAUCUUUUUUAUUUAUUUUUAUAUGGUUCCAUAACUUAUAGGACCAAUUAAUAAAAUUUGUUGAGUGCAUUGAUACCGAUUAGGAAAUAGAAGUGGUUGAAGCCAUCCACUAAUUGACUGCCCACCACCCUUGGAAGUGUUUUUAUGAGCAAUUCAACGUCCUAAAAAAAUAUGACCCAUUUCAUUUGUAUUUUUUCGAAAUUAUAUUUGCUUAUAUUUUUACUUUUUGUAAUUUUUAUUUAACUCAAUUUGGAUUUUUCUCAAUUAUGAUUGGCCAAAAUUUCUAUAGGAUAAAAAUGUCAUUUUCCAUAAUUUAAUCCUAUGUUGAAUUUUUUCCUCUAAUUUUCAAUUAUUUUAAUGCUCUUCGCAGUGUUAUUCGCAAUAAGUUGUACUUUUCCUACUUCUCAACAAACCCAGUUUGUUAUAAUUUAUAUGUUAUCACCACUACGUCAUUUAAUUGUGUAAUUUUUAUUUAUCCAGGUUUCCAAUUGCUAUAA